AUGGACUCAUUCACUGGAAUCAUGUCACAACUCAAAUACAUCAAUCAAGAUGAAGUUUCAAUCAGAAAUGCCAAAAUUGAAAAUUGUGUUGGCUCCGUCAAAGUUCCUGUUGGCAUUGCCGGGCCUCUAAACAUCAAAGGUGCCGAUGGAACGGAGGGUCUUUUCCACGCUCCACUAGCAACCUGUGAGGCUACAUUGGUGGCGAGCUGCUCACGUGGAUGCAGACUCUUCAACUCCAGUGGUGGUAUUCAAUUCAAGCUCCUCCGGGACACCAUGACAAGGUGCCCUGUCUUCUGGUUUUCCUGCGCCGUGGAUGCGGCGUCGUUCUACGACUUGCUGCCUGACCUGUGCUCUGAAUUUCGAGAUGCGGCAGAAUCUACCAGUAGAUACAUCCGGCUUAUGAGUAUCGAGCCUCGACUUGUUGGCAGCACUGUUCAUGUCAUUUUUGAGUACGAAUGUGGAAACGCCGCAGGCCAGAAUAUGGUUACAUUUGCGACGCAGGAGGCGUGUGAUCGUUUUUCAGCAUCAAACACGGCUCUGGUCAUGAAACUUGAAAAAAUCACUAUUGAGGGUCAACUAUCCUCGGAAAAAUGUCUUUCUUGGGGAAAUAUCUUACGCUCGCGCGGCGUGGCUGUCAUGGCCUGGGGAACUAUCACCAAAACAGCCUGUGAAAGCGUUCUAGGCGUGUCUACUUGGGAUCUUUAUCAGCUCAUACACAAUAGCAAGGAGGCUGCUACACGGAAUGGGCAGCUAGGCUAUAGUGCCAACCAAGCAAAUGUGGUUGCGGCAAUGUUCAUCGCAUGUGGUCAAGACGCUGCCAGCGUGGCAGAAUCAGUCUAUAGCCACCUGACUGUUGAGUUCAAUCGAGAGACCGAAGAAUUGGAAGCAUCGACCUAUUUUCCCAGCCUUCCCGUCGGAACCGUUGGGGGUGGCACUACUCUAGAUACGCAGAGAGAAGCGCUGGAGAUUCUUGGGUGUACUGGCCCAGGAUCCAAAGGUCGCUUGGCGGGUGUCAUCGCAUCCUUUGCCCUUGCCCUGGAUAUCAGCACGCUUGCUGCGAUCACCAAUGGCACUUUUACAGCAAGUCAUUACAAGCUUGCAAGAUGUACUGGUCACUACCGAUCAAAGCUUUGA